CCAAAGCGUGUUGGCGGUGUGGGUUGCGGGGGAAGCGUAGUGACUAACGCGGGUGCAAAACGUGAUCGAGUGUACGCAAGGGAAGGAGAAAUCAAGAAAUCGGAUGAAAAACUGCUCGAAUCGACACCGGCACUGGCCGGGUGAGUUUACUGCCUGCCGAUCACCUUUAGUUCAAUUUCGAACCUUCAGGUGAGCGGUUUGGACGUCUGCAAAGUGCGCUGCCAUCGUAAGAAAAGGAGAGAAAAAAUAAAAGGAUAUGUUCGGUGUACGAAACAGCACCAUUUAUGUGCGUGUGUAAAUGGAGAGAAAGGUUAUGCCUGUCGUAAAUGCGAUGGUUGAGAAGUGAUCCUUUUUCACUAACAGUUUGAAGGUGAAAACCAGGAAUCGAAUUGUGCAAACCGUGCAUUAUUAAGUGAAGGGAAGUGGAUCAAGUGCAACUCUAUCCGGUGUUGUGUCAAUAAAGUUCUGUGAAUUGUUGUAUAGGGAUUUGCUUGAAAAUAUGCACAACUAUCACUGAGGGAGCAGAUCGUGUUGAAGUAAAAUGAAAAGUUUGUAAACACGUGAAAAUUCCGGGAUACAUACCAUCGGGCUAAAGCUUUGUAGCUGAGAGAACCAGGUGUAAAGGCAGAAUAGAAGAGAAACGAGCCGAUAAUUAAGGAAUAACUGAAGUGAUUAGAGGUGUUGUUGUUGAAUGAAGAAUUCAAGGAAAGAGAGAACGUGCAAUUUGAAGAAUAAGUGCGAAUUGGAUGCUUUCGAGUGUGCUACUUCGAAAGAGAAUAAGAGGAACGGACGAGUGCAGUGUGAGGAUAUGUGAGGCCGAAAUUGGCAAAAUAUAGACAAAGGAUUUAAACAAUUGAAACCAAGAGAGAUUCAGAGGUAAUCGCUGAGCCCAAGACACAAUGAUUGCAUAACUAGCGAGCAAAACAAUUUCGAGAAGAAAACAACAAAUUCGGCGGAAAGGGUUCAACGCGAGUUGGCAGAAGUGAAAAAGUGUAUAACACUAAAUUUGUUAUUGUGGACCUAACCGCAAAAAAUAUCGAAUCGACGAAACAACGUGUACGUGCCAAAAUAAUAAUAAUAAUAAAUCGGUCCAGGCUGACGUGAUUUUUUGUGGUUAUUAAUUUUGUCUUGGGUUGCUGCGAUACAAAGGUCAAACACGCGAAGGUCCUAAUAUUUCCGUCCAUCGAGAUGGAAACCGAAACGUGCUACGACGGAGGCGACAUUGCCGGUGCCAUCUUUGGGACCCUGUUCGCCACGGUUCUGCUUGCAGCUCUUAUCUGGUGGCUCUACAGAAGAGGAUACAUUCUGAAACAAAAAGAAUCUCCACUCGUACCGGAUGAUCCCGAAAGCAAGAAAGAUGAAUACGCGUUCGAUAAUCCAGCGUUCAAAACUGGUGAUGGAAGCACCAGCAAAACCAACUCACCAUUGGAUCCAAGCUGGACGUCAUCUGCUAAGCAGAAUAGUCUCGACAAGCGGAAAACUUUGGAUGAUAGUUUCAUCAACAGCACUACACCACGGCUAGUGUCCCUGCGUGGAUCAGACUUCACCGGACUGGGAGUGGAAGUGUACGGGGGCCUCAAGGAGGGUAUUUUCGUGAAGAAAGUCAUGCCCCAGGGCCCAGCAGCUGGUUUCAUAAACACUGGAGACAGAAUCACCAGCAUCACCAUCGAUUUCCGUCACAUUGCCCUGGAAGAUGCGAUGACCAUCCUCAGCUAUGCCUCGCCAUACAAUGUCCAACUUGAACUGGUCAGUGGCGAGAAAAAUCCCCAGACGCAAAGUCCCAAACCAGGACAUCAACCUCUCUCUCACCCGCUGGUGCGAUCAAGCAGUCAGUCGGAUAUGAACACGAUUGAACGUAACUCCCGCAAAAAGCUUUUCCCAGGAGAAGAUGCCAGCUCAUCGCUCAAAAUGGAGCAACAAUCCGGUCCGCCUAGCUUGAAUAAGGUGCUUCCAACAGUUCAUAAAGAGAACGAAAAAGAACCGAAGAAGCAUUCGUUCAAGCAACAGAUGAAAGAAAUGAUCGAAGAAAAGUUUCAAUCGCGACAUGCCGACACCGAACGAAAGGACUCCAAUACAGAAGGCAAGAAGGGCCACAAAUUCGGCAUCCGCGUGUUUCCACCAUCAAUGAAUGAUAAACUCUUCGGUCGAAGUCCAACCAAAAUUCAAGCGGACAAUGAAAACAACAGUAACAUUGAAAAGAAAGAAGCCGACGAAAAGAAAGAAAAAUCACCAUCCCCACCGGUAGUAAAAAAACGAACGAAGGAGCCGAAAAUGAUUCCGGAUGUGGCAGUUAUUGAACCUACAACGACCGAUACGGCCACCAUGCCGAGCGAGUUCGAACGACAAAAUAGUUUGACCUCCAGUGGAAUUAAACGUGAUGCAGCAGGAAUCCCACAGGAAAUGCCAGGAUUCAUGAUGCAAGCUGCGAAUGCCGCUAAAGAUAACCGUAAGACGACGAAUAUGGAAGCUGAUAACAAACGAAAGGGAAAAGCACCCAAACCACCACAUAAUGAAUCCGACCUGGACGAAAGUACGAUUACCACAUAUACCAAUCUGAGCAUCGAUGUUCCAGAUGCGGCUACAAACAGUGGUCGAAUGAUGAACGGAACACUGGAAAUUGUUUCCGAAAAAGAUGUUGAAGACAUGCAAUUCCAGCCCAAUGAUCCAUUGAAUUUUUCAGACUUUGCUGAAAAAGUAUUGAAUUGUACCAUCGAACGUAUUUCUGGCAUAGAGAAAUUCGACGAGGAAGGACCAAGCAAUACCUCAACCCCGAAGAGUGAACGCAAGAAAAGUUCUCUAACGGAGAGCAUGACGCAUGAUGACCACGAUUCGGACGUCGAUCAAAUUCCUUCGAGCAACAAGAUCGAGCUCAACUCCAGCGACAUAACCGUACACCAGAGUUCACCGAGUCCGACCAGUAGCGAGGAACUGAUGGAAGACAGCAACCGACGAACGGCAAGCCUUGGUGAUUUGUCGAAACUGGAAACCCAGAAGACAAACCCCACCAGCAAUAGUAACACCUUGGAACGAGCUCAAAGUUUGGAGAUAACAGGAGAUACGGCAACCGUUGUCGGUAAUGGAUCCGUAGUGAUUGACACAACUGCCACGGGAAAUAAAAAACGCAAAUCAUCGAUUGAGGGACAGAUACCGGUAGAACCUAAAGAAGCGAAACUGACAGUGACAGGAAUAAUGGAAGGACUGAAUUCACUGCAUAGGCUUAAAGGUGCUUCCGCCUGGGGUAACCUGGAAGAUGCCAUAAGUUCCGGAGAGUUGCUAAACAGUUCAUCAGAAAGUGAGCUGAAAGUUUCAAUGGAAGAUUUAACAGAGAAUGGCGUCUCAAUUGUAACAAAUUGUUCAGAUAUGGAUCCGAUGAUAAAGAUGGUAACAACAGUAGUUCAGAUGGGUAAUGGCACUACCAUGAUCAACGGCAAUGAAAGUACCAGGAUCUCAGUGGAUGCUGAUCAGAAACCACUGCAGGAAGAUAAUCGAACAGAAACUAUUACGAUUACUGAUAAAAUAGCACCGGCAGUAAUUGUUGCAGAGGAACGCAAAGUUGAAAAGGACAUUGAAAAAGAACACAUCUCGUUGACAUCCAUUAAUAUGGACUACAAUGGCACAUACCCCACUGAGGUAGAUCAGUCCACAAACAAAACGGAUCAUAUCAAGAUCGCUAAUUACGACACAAACAUUCCUGAUGACGUUAAGGUAUCUCGUUAUCCAUUUGGUAGCUUGGAACGACCCAAAUCUGACGUGCUGAAGAAACUUCUUGGACAAAAAGAAGAAUUGGAGAACACACCAUCUGUGUUCAUCUCCGCAGACGGUGAUUCCAACAAGAUUACGAUCGAAAAUAGCUACCAUGAUGUUGGAGAACCUAUAAGUUUGACGUUAAUUAAUAACACAGAAGUGUAUCCAGUGGAAAAUGAGCUAACCGAGAGUAGCCAGGCUUCACCUGUGUUUUCAAGCAAUACAAAUGGAAUCAGUAGCAUCAACAUCUCGUCUUUAGAGGUAGACUUAUCGAAAUCGCUUAACAACAAACCGUUUACAGUCGCACCGAAAUUUUCGUUGGAUAAUAUCGUUACGAUUUCGACCGAAUCUUCUCAACCGUCAUCCAUCAUUUUGAUAGAUGAUGAAAAGUUAGAUUUCAGUCUACAAACUCUAGAUGAUUUUGAGGAUAGUAUUGAAAACACAUCCUCGGUCGUACCUCAACACAAUUUCGCCUCAGAAAUUAACAAAACCGUCAUAGAAACCUGUCAACCUUCACUGGAAAAACCAAAUGUUCCAAACAGCUUCGUCACUGAGAUUUCAGUAAAAACACCCGAAUCGGAACAGAAUGGAAAACCGGAAGAACCGCCUAAGCUAACAAAGAAACCACCAAAACCGGAAAAACCAACUACGCCUCCUUCAAGAAUCCCAGUUGAACGACGAAUGUCCAGUGAGCAUAGCUACAUUCCACGUAAUACCGAAAUCAAAUUCACCACCUCAACUUACGAUACUGGCAGAAGUCACGAGAAACGCCCACUGGGAAUCGAUCAAAUACGCUCCAACUUUGAACGAAGUAACUCCAAACCCGACGUUCGCUCGUUCGAAAGAAGCAACUCGAAAACCGACGUUCGGCCAUUUGAGCGCAGCAAUUCAAAACCCGAUGUUCGUCCAUUUGAACGCAGUAAUUCCAAACCCGACGUUCGUCCAUUUGAACGCAGCAAUUCCAAACCCGACGUUCGUCCAUUUGAACGCAGCAAUUCCAAAACCGACGUCCGAUCAGUACUAGAACGCAGCAACUCCAAAACCGAAAUCCCAGUUCUGAUACGACGAACGUCGAUACCAUCAAUUAAUCUUCACGGUUCGAACACAGUCAAUUCCACCCCACAGGUUACUACUACGAACGGGAAUGGUAACGGAAACGGAACCAAAGCGAGUCCAUCCCGCAUUCCAGUGUUCAACUCUACCAAUAAAAUGAACAAUGGUCAUGACAGUUCUCGAUCGCCUCCACCGUUUGUUCAUAAUAAUAACAACGGAAGUUUUAACAACAAUCAUAUUAGCAAUAAGGUUUCAGUUAGCAUCACCUCAAUCAAGAACCAAUCGAAACAUCCCAGCGGCAAAUUCACCGGAAACUAAGCGGUUUACAAGACUUAGCGUACUCUAUCGUAGCGACUAACCAGUUUGUUAUUUCAUUUCUUAUGGUGCAAUUGAGAAUGUAUGUGUAUGAGAUUUCUGUGGAAUUACUAUUUAGUAUCGACACAAAAGCGUAAAUUUUGAAUCUAAUUCAAUGUUUUCGCAAAAAAAAACAUUACGAUUACUUCAUUGAAAAAAUUAUAUGUGCUGAACCAUAAAAAGUUGAGACGUCUUCCACAAAUACGGGUCAAAGUUGGAAAUGGUAUUGUAAAGUAUGAGUUAAUUUUACACUUUACUACAUCGAACAGAAACACCCGUAUAUACCGCAAUGUAUCCACCAGCUGUAUCUACUCUAUUGGUUCUAAGCGCAAACAGGUAGUGUAAAUUUGUAAUAACCUGAAAUUAUUUCGUUUAACCGAAAUGCUGAGAGCAGCAGAGAUGUUUGGCCAUAUUUACUUUGUAUACACUUUUUAUAUACACAUGUAAAAAUAAAUAUAUUGAAUUAAAUUGCUCCGACAGUGGAGGCGAGCGUAUCUAGUUUUAAGUCGAAGAGAUCACAGAUUUGAUCAUUUGUUAGCAUUGAUGAAUAAUUGAUAACAGAAAAAAAACAAUCAAGAGUACCAUUUUAUUUUUACAAAAACAUUCUGAAAAGACAGGACAUGACAUUGUUGAAAAAUUAAAACGGAACAAAUAUGUAUUCAGAAACCUGAAAAGAUGUAAACCAUGUUUUAGGCUAACAAUAUAUUAUACACCUUUUUUAUUUUAGUAAUAAAACCAUUAAUUCUUA